UGGAACACACGGGCCAAGCGGGAGAAGCUGACAGAGCUGAUGUUCGAGCAGUACAACAUUCCUGCCUUCUUCUUAUGCAAGACAGCUGUGCUCACCGCCUUUGCAAACGGACGUUCCACGGGCCUGGUGCUGGACAGUGGGGCCACCCACACCACAGCCAUCCCAGUACAUGACGGCUACGUCCUGCAGCAAGGCAUUGUCAAGUCACCCCUGGCAGGAGAUUUCAUCUCUAUGCAGUGCCGGGAACUCUUCCAGGAAAUGGCCAUUGACAUCAUCCCGCCUUACAUGAUUGCAGCCAAGGAACCUGUACGGGAGGGCGCCCCUCCAAACUGGAAGAAGAAGGAGAAGCUACCCCAGGUUUCCAAGUCCUGGCAUAACUACAUGUGCAAUGAGGUGAUUCAGGACUUCCAGGCCUCGGUGCUGCAGGUCUCAGACUCUCCCUACGAUGAGCAGGUGGCCGCGCAAAUGCCCACAGUGCACUACGAAAUGCCCAACGGCUACAACACAGACUACGGGGCUGAGCGGCUCCGCACUCCUGAGGGCCUGUUUGACCCCUCCAAUGUCAAGGGCCUGUCGGGGAACACCAUGCUUGCUGUGGGCCACGUGGUGACCACCAGCAUCGGCAUGUGUGACAUCGACAUCCGCCCGGGCUUGUACGGCAGUGUCAUUGUCACGGGGGGGAACACGCUGCUCCAGGGCUUCACGGACAGGCUCAAUCGAGAGCUUUCCCAGAAGACCCCGCCGAGCAUGCGGCUGAAGCUCAUCGCCAGCAAC